CCCAACGCAUAUAUUCCGUGUAUCUCUGUAGGAAUAUUCGUACUGUUGCUGAAGGCCAAAAUAUAUGCCAUUCAGCUAACACCUUCAAACGAGACAUCCACUAGUGGGAAGAAUGCAGCAACUGGAGGAUAUGUGGAUGGAAUGAAGGCAGAACUACAAUGUGGCAGUUGUCACCAUGUGUUGUAAGCAACAACACUCCCUUAGAUGGUGUCUGUGUGCAUCGUGGGAGCUGGGGCUGCUGGUCUGUGUGCAGCAAGACUUUUGAGUGCUGCUCAUGGCUUCAACAUAGUGGUUUUUGAGCAGUCUACAACAGUUGGUGGCACUUGGCGAUACACCGAUGACCCAGCUGUGGAUCCACAUUCCAGUAUGUACUGCAACCUAAGAACUAAUUUGCCAAAGGAAAUAAUGGGAUUUCCAGACUACCCAUUCCCUGAAUCAGGUGAAUCUUUUGUGCAUCACACUAAGGUUUUAAAAUAUUUGGAACAUUAUGCCAUCCACUAUGAGCUUCUCAAAUAUAUAAAAUUCAAGACCAGAGUAAAACAUGUGACACCGAAACAUCCUCAGGAUAACAGGACAGCUUGGAUAGUAACAGUGGAGGACUUAAGAACAUGUACUGAAGAAACGUCCAUAUUUGAUGCAGUAUUUAUAUGCAAUGGGCACUAUUCUGAGCCAUACAUCCCUUAUAUUCCUGGACUAGAAAAAUUCAGUGGUAAAGUCUUCCACAGCCAUGUGUAUCGUAAACCAGAUGGUAUAAGUGGACCUGUUUUAGUGUUAGGAGCAUCAUCAUCUGGAAUUGAUAUCAGUCUUGAAUUAGCUGCUGCCAUGGAACAGAAAAUAUAUCUUAGUUCAAGAAAAGAAGAACGAUACACUUGUGAAUUGCCACCAAAUGUUAUCCAAGUUCCUGGAGUGUCGUAUGCAACUGAAGAUGGUUUUGUUAUGGCAGAUGCUUCUGUUUGUAAAGUGAAAACACUUAUUCUGUGUACAGGUUACUGUUACUCUUACCCCUUUCUGUCUAAAGACUGUAAAAUGAAUCAACCGGAUCACUGCAGAGUAAAUCCUUUGUACAAACACUUGAUUCAUAUGGAUUUCCACACACUCUACUUUCUUGGGAUCCCGCUUAUAAUUGUGCCUUUCCCAAUUUUUUAUUAUCAGGUGAAAUUUUGUAUGAAAGUGCUUGAUGGCACAUUAAGAUUGCCAACUCGUGCUGAGAUGGAACGUGAAACUUCUGAAGAUUUACAACUACGGUUAUCAUUGGGAAUGCCAGAACGUUAUCAGCACAAAAUGGGUGACCUGCAAUGGAAUUAUGUUGAUAAUUUAUCUCAGUUGGCAAAUGUUCCUCCUUUGCCUCAGUUCUAUAAACAGAUUUAUGAGAAGGUCAGUGAGCAUAGAAAAACAAACAUUUUAGGUUACAGGGAAGCCAAUUACUCAACAGAAACUUGUGAUAGAAUAUGAUAGUAACCUUUAAAAUGAUUUACUUAACAAAAGUUAACACUUUAUGUUAAAUAUACUGUUUAAAUACCAACUUCCUUUUAUGAAUGAAAUUAUGUAUAUAUUUUGCUUCAUUAAAAUUUCACAAUUUUAUGUUUUGA